GUAUCCUUGCACUGGGAGCAAUAGCAGAAGGUUGUAUGAAUGGCAUGACCCAACAUCUACCAGAACUGAUCCCAUACCUGAUCAGCUGCUUGAAAGACAAGAAGGCACUGGUCCGCUCCAUCACCUGUUGGACGUUAUCCCGCUACUGUCACUGGGCAGUUGUUCUCCCUGACCACUCCUACCUCAAACCUCUCAUGUAUGAGCUGCUCAAAUGUGUCUUGGACAGUAAUAAACGUGUACAGGAGGCAGCAUGUUCAGCUUUUGCUACACUAGAGGAAGAGGCAUGCACAGAGUUGGUUCCAUACUUGGCAGACAUUCUGAAGACUUUAGUAUUUGCAUUUAGAAAAUAUCAGGCAAAGAAUCUCCUGAUACUAUAUGAUGCUAUUGGAACCUUGGCGGACUCUGUUGGAAACUAUCUCAAUAAGGAAGAGUACAUUCAGAUGCUCAUGCCACCAUUGAUUGAGAAGUGGAACGUACUCAAGGAUGAGGACAAGGAUUUGUUCCCCCUUCUCGAAUGCCUGUCAAGUGUGGCAACUGCUCUCCAGUCUGGGUUCUUGCCCUAUUGUGGUCCUGUGUAUCAACGCUGUGUCUCACUUGUGGAGCAGACGCUUAACCAGACCAUGGCACAUGCGCAGAAUCCCGAGCAAUUUGAAGCAGCAGACAAGGACUUCAUGAUUGUCUCCCUAGAUCUGCUCUCAGGGCUUGCUGAGGGUCUCAAUGGGCAUGUUGGUCAGCUGGUUCAACAAUCCAACAUUAUGCAGCUCCUUUACCAGGCCAUGCAGGACCCAAUGCCAGAAGUUAGACAAAGCUCCUUUGCACUUCUGGGUGACCUGACCAAAGCAUGUUUCCAGCAUGUGGCUCCUUGUAUAUCUGAGUUUAUGCCAAUCCUUGGUCAGAAUUUGAAUCCAGAAUUGAUAUCUGUCUGCAACAAUGCAACAUGGGCUAUUGGAGAAAUAUCUGUAAAAUUAGGACCUGAAAUGAGAGUUUAUGUGAACCUUGUCCUAACCGACCUCAUCUUCAUAAUCAACAAGCCCAAUACUCCCAAAACUCUUCUUGAAAACACAGCCAUUACAAUUGGACGCCUAGGCUAUGUGUGCCCCAAUGAAGUGGCUCCCCUGUUGCAACAGUUUAUCAGGCAGUGGUGCAUCUCCCUACGCAACAUUCGAGACAACGAGGAGAAGGACUCUGCCUUUAGGGGUGUAUGCAACAUGAUCAGUGUGAAUCCAGGAGGAGUGGUUGAGGAUUUCAUUUUCUUCUGCGAUGCCAUUGCCUCGUGGGUCAACCCCAAGCAAGAUCUCAAGGAGAUGUUCCAUAAGAUCCUUCAUUGCUUCAAGGAGCAAGUUGGUGAGGAGAAUUGGAAACGUUUCACGGAACAGUUCCCACCUCCAUUAAAGGAACGCCUGACCCAACAAUAUGGAGUGUGAGCAGGUGGUGCUGCGAUCAUGUCAAGACCAGAGCCCAGGAUGAGGGAAUUAGCGUCCUGGCCGAGCUCUGUGGCGUGUGCAGUUAGGAGGCCAGGGGAUCCUUUCGACCCUGUGCCUGGGUGGGGGGAGGGAUCCACUUCUUCUCUCAGCCACUCUCCUCAGCUUGCCUGCCAUGCAUUGCUGUCUAGCCCUUCGGAACGCUGAACGCUCACACUGCAACAUCUGUGGAAGACGUUGAGCCACAACAGGGAAGGAGCAGGCACUAGCGAGAGGUGGCUGCCGCGCGCAUCGUCGAGGGAGGGACUUCGCGGACUGGGUGGGGGAAAGCGGAGGGAGGGGGGUGGUCAGCCCCUGGUGGGAGGGACUCUAGGUGGGAGGCUUAGUCCCCAGCACAGAACAUCAGCACUAGAACACUUGUGUCCUGCCCCCUUAACAGAGGGGUAGUGACUUUUGAGUGGGUGCAUCAUGUAGAGGCUGCCCCAUUCAAGCUACAUUCUCCUGUCACGUAUUUCACAUAACCUUGUAUGUAGGUACAGUGAUGAUUUGUAUUAUGUAAGAUAUGUAAAUACAUGAAGUUUUUAUUUUCUACAUGAUCACUUCUUGUAAUAAGUCUUUCCUUGUGCCAAUCAUGGUAUCCAUGACCAUAUAUAUUUCUCACAAGUCAUUGUUGUUUAGGUCAUGUAGUAUUUUGUCAUUAUUUCUCAUCUAUGCAAGGUGGGCUAGAAUCCAUCUGCAGGAUGUUGUAUUGCAGGAGUGAUGUAGAAGGUCUGGGGUAGCGUGUGCCUCUUCAGCAGUAGAUCUACCAGCCUGGCUCUUCCACUGUCUUCAGUGUAUUGGAUGACCCAAACACUUUUAUAACUAAUAUGGUGCUACAUAUAACUUCACAUACGUGUUGAGCAAAUCACCUAUGUCAAAGUAGAGAAACGAUAAAGCAGGAGUAUGAAUUCUGUUAGCACUUGCAAAUCCCCAAGAGCCUCAUUUUUUCUCAAGUUUUAAAAUGAGCUCUGUGGAUAUCAAUGCUUACGUAAAUACAAUAGCUACAGACAGACUAUUAGGCUAAGUGGUACUCAGGCUGGUUGUUGUACUGUGCUUUACUGGUUUAAUCUGAAGCUUUAGGACCUGGCAGAAUUUUUUCAUAUCACUGGUAAAGCCAGUUUGUUACUUACAGUAUUUGGCACUGUUGUAUGAGAUUCUGUCUAAUUUUUUACUAUUAUUAUUCCUUUUUUUUCCCCCCCUUUUUAAGAUCGUACUGCUUCAGGGUAAACCAUAAUUUGUUUUCCCAGUGCACACAUAGGACUUAAUGGAAACGACUGUGAUCAUAGUGAUUUUUUGAUUUUUUGUACUGUUAUGCAAAGUAAGUUAAAUAUCACAUUUUUUUCUCUCUUGAAAGUCUUUACACAUGAAUCAUUGAUAGAUGGGUUACAUGCUGUGCAAUAGAUGUUACUGAUAAAAUGAUGUUUAUGAGUGGGGCAUGUUAUAGGGGAAGAACUACAUUGUUUAGUAAUGAUAUCAAGUGGGACCCUUAGCUUCAUUUGUUGUAAAAGGGGUAUAGAGGUUCUUGAAGAGUAAACAUGAGAAACAAAACAAAAUUAUUAGGAUUAAGAGCCAAAGAGUGUUCGAAGUUUAAGUACAUUCUUGAGACCAUUUUCUUACAUCAGACACCUUCCAGAGAUAGACAUAUCAUCUUUGUAUACACUGUCAACUCUUUGGUUCUUGUUAGGGGGCUGAAAAUGAUAGAAUAUUUUAGACAAUAUGAAACUUGAUAUAUGGGCUAAUAGUGAGGGGCAUUUAUUAUUUUUAUUCUGAUAUAGGAUUGAUUUAGGGAUCCAUCGGGGGCAGAUAGGAAUUCAUUGUUAGGGGCAAUUUAACGUAUCUGGGUUAAACAUUUUUGAAAUCUUAAAUUUUGUAAGGGUGGCAGUGGCAGUCAGACUACUAGCUAAUAGUCUUUUUUUAGGUGCAUCCAUGUGUACUUGGGAUUGUAGCAACCUCAGAUCAUGGUGGUCUUACUGUCACUGGCAACCCUGGUAGCAGUUUGUUUGGUGUAUCUGUAGACAAAAUAUUGUCAGUAGUGUUGUUAUUUGCAGUGUUUCUUGCAUGCCCUAAGUAUGUCAGUAUAAUUACUACUUGCAAAUGUAAUGGUGACUUGUUAGUUGGCUACAGGGCAACAAGGUUGUGCAAGUGUUGGCCUUGCUAGCUCCACUUAGGGGUACAUCAUUUUACUCUUGGCCUUUGUAAAUCUUGACAUUGUACAUGCAUCAAAGUUAUGUUUUUGAACAAAAUUAGAGAACUACUUUUGGAAAUAUAUUUUUACCACUGUACAGUGUGAAUGUUUAGCUACACUGCAACAAGUAAAGGUUUUACCCUAGGUGUAUGUAGCAGUUUUACCAGCUAAGAGAUGUUAUUCCAUGCAACACAUUUUCAAUUGGAAAACAAAUGUCAAAAGUUUGGGACAAUUGUAAGCUUUCUCCCCAUGAUUUCCCUCUUUCUUCUUCAUGGUAUGAAUAAGAAUCUAAAGAAGAUAAUUGAUUGAACAUAUUUAUGAAAAGGGCUAAAAAAAUAUAUAAAGAUACAAAGAAAAAUUCUUGGUUUACAAUCCAAAAACAAUCGUUUAAAGAAAUUUUAGCUAAUGAUCCCAGGCUUUCAUACCCCUAAUAGUGGAGUUGGUUGGUUCUGUAUAGUGACAAGUACAUAGUUUUGGCCUGCCUUUUUUCUUAUAUUUUUCAUUUAAAUGUAAACUGGCACUCCUCGUCUAGAGCCAAGAGGUUUUAACAUCGGAGGCUUCACUAGUAAUAUUCUAAUGGCAAUAGACUAGACACGGAGCAGCAGUUUAAUUAUUUUUGACCCUCAUGGCACUAUCAGAAAGCUAUGUAAUUAUUUGAUGUAUAAAAUUGUAUUGGUGUAGCCCCAGUCUUGCCCAUUUCUAGCUGCCCAAAAUUGUGAAAACAACCUUCUAAUAUCUUGAAUUUCCUUGUUAAAGGGAAAUGUAAAAAAUAUAUAUUAUUUUUCUUCCUUGCCGACUGCUCAAACAUGCAGUCAAAUCAUGGCUUUCGAGUAUUAUUUUGGUAUGAUCUUAACUUAGAUUGGUAAUAUGGAUGAAGUUUGUCGCCCUUUUUGGAGCUCUUGUCUGUUUUGUCCUAGACUGUGCCUUAAAGUUGGAAUAUUCCCCUGACAGUCAAGUGGUUUAUUUGUUCGCUCUCUGUGUGAACACAUUGCAUGCCAGUGUUGAUAGUUGCGCCAUUAACUGAAAACGACAUAGGCUGGUUUAUGAGGGAAUAAGCUAAUCAAACUCGUGUAUUGUACCCUCAUCAAUAUCGAAUCUGAAUUACUAACAUUAUAUUGUAUGAGUUUUAGGGAGAAAAUAAUGUAACCCUCAAAUGCACCAACAAUUAUUGUAACAUACACACCUGUGCACCUUACUGCUUAUUUGGGGUCAAGACUUGAGAGAAUAAUUAUCAUGUUAGCUUUGAAAAGAAUUGUUAUACACAAUUGCAUUGUUUGAAUUGUGUGAAAGAGAGAGAGAGAGGGAGAGAGAGAGAGUAAAUUUAGUGUCAACAGACACAAAAGAAGUUUCCAAUAAUGUCACCUUGCAAAGUGAUUCUCAUUUUUGUGAUAGGCCCAGUCAAAUGACAGUAUGAGGUAGGCAAAUUAUUUGAUAGGCUACAGUAUUUGACAGUCAUUUGGCAGUUAGGAAAUCUCCCCCUUGCAUUGGAGCCUCUUAGCUUGCUGUUAGGAAAAUUGUUAGGCUGAUGCCCCUUUGCGUAUGAGGAGGUUUAUAAUAUUGUGGCUAGGUCUGGGAUAGGUUGUAGGGAGGGAUGGAUUGGUCAGAGACACGUGGAUAGGCAAAAGUUAGGAGCUGGGUGGGUGCUUGCAGUCCAACUUGGUUAGCAAUUGCAACACUUUCCAACAUGUGGAGGUAUUGAUAAUGACCAUGUAAAAGAUUGAUGAAAAGAGAAAAUGAGAUUGGAAUUGCUUAUCAAGUUUGGGCAUAUUUUAAUAUUUAAUUUAUUUACCACUCUUAUAGAAUGGAGUGAGGGUGUAUGGAUGACAGCUGUAUUUUUUGGAUGAUUGAUUAUUAUAUGACAAAUUCGUUGUGUACGAAUUUAUUUUAAUGCGGGUCCUCUUCUUAGUUUCUGAUCAUGCUCAGUGAUAAUACUAGAGAUUUAUAGUUAUGGUUUUAACUAGUCAUUAAUGUGUUAGGGUUACAAUUUUAGGUCCUUUUUCUUUUUUAUCUUUCCGAGAUGUUAGGUGUUAGGUUAAUUUUAUUCUAUAUUUUUGCUCAUUUGCCCAUGUUUUAGUACAAAUAUUACUGUUAUUGAUAUCAAUUUUUAAAUGAUAUUUUGUUAACUAUUAAUUUUGAUAAAAAACGAAUGAGUCUCUCCGGCGCUUGACCCCAAAAGAGUGCAUGUAAGCGUGAGUGUUAACUGUACAUGGAGGAACACCUCUCUUUCCUAGGCCUUUCAUUGUCAUUUGUUGUUGUUCUUCCUUCCUUUUUCCAUGGUUUAUAAGUACUGAACAAUAUUAUUAUUUCUUGAAUGUAUAGUGUCAGUGUGAUUUGUAUUCCCAUGUUCGUGUUCAGCAUUCUCUUUAUUUACUUCAUUCUUUCCAUGCUGAUAUUAUGACUAUGUUAGUAGCACUAUUCAUAUUCUGUCUCUUUCUAGGUUAUUGUAAUUAUUAAAGUUCUAUUGUCAUUUUUUAUUAUGAUUAUUACUACUAUUAUAGUUACAAAUUACUAUUACUAUUACUUUGUCAUCACCUCAUCAUUUUUCACUAGCAUUGUAAUGUUGUCAUAGGUAUCUGCAUCAUCAUAAUACUGCAUGUGGGUCACUUACUAGACUGCCCUUUGACAAGUUUUGUACAAAUUGUUGUUUUUUUGCUGUGAUAGGUGUAAAUCCUGAUUUGUAAAACUAUUGUGAUAUACUGUAUGGUCUGCACAAAUUUAGGCUCGAAUAGUAGGUUCUCUGGUAGGUCCUUAUUGGUUAAUUUUGGCUGUAAUUAGCAGUUACUUCGCGUGGCUUUCAUGUAUCUUGGGGAAGGAUACCUUGUUGCCAUAUAUUUUGAUUCAGUGUAACUUGUAUUAUAUAUUGUACAUAGAGAAUUGAUUCCCCUCCCCCCCCCCCCACUUGACGCAUUUCUGUCACCCCUUUUUUGCAUGUAAAAUGCUUUAGUCCUCCAUUUUAUCAUUUUUACACAUUUAUUCCGCCUGUCACUCUGUACGUUUGGGGCUAAGGGAGUUGUACUCUUAAAUUCAUUUGAAUGCCACACGGUUCUUAAUAUUUAUUAUAUAUCCUCAUGAAACACAUUAACUUGGGUUUCUCAAGUGUGGUAGUGUGUUGUUUGCUACAUAUAUAUGUAAGAUGCUUCUCCCACUGGCCUUGUGAAAGUGUUUUUGAAUUAGUAUCUCAUGCUUUUUACAGUCAUGAAUUUUAGUUGAAGGGUAAAAGUAUUUGAAAUGUCCUGACCAGACUGUAAGGAAAUAUUGUUACUUAUUUUAUACUAAAUAUUGUAGAAUGUAAUAGAUAGAGUAGCUUUGAUUGUACUUUCGAGAAUUCCAUUAAACCUAUGGGCAGUGUGAAGUUUAAUAUGUUGUUGGUUAAUGGUGACCCCAUGCAUUUGAAUACCCAUAUCAAAAUAUCCAUGCAUGAUUUUUAUAUAUAUAUCUAUAUAUACACAUUAAUACAUUCUUUUCAUAAGGCAUUUUAGAUAUUUUCCAAAAAAAAAAAAAAAUGCCUACAUACAGGUGCAAGUUGUGCUUGAGGUGUAGAGGUGUGAAAUCAGUCUCGGCUCGAUGGUUCUCCCUAGGGUUUGCUGCCAAUUGUUCGCUUCGUGGGAGCGCAUUCCACGGGUAACACCACCAGCGAGGACCUAGGUAGUUCUCAGACAAAGAUGCUUUUCCGAGGUCAUAGAUGUUUGUUUGAUUAUUUGGUUUAGAUUCGCUUUUGAUUUCAUUUACGCUGCAUUUAGAAGUCAAGGAUAACGAGUGGCAGCUCAACAAGAUUUUUUUUUUAUUUUUUAAGUAAACAGAACAACGGCAGUCAAAUCCAGGGAAAACCAGUAUGUCAUAAAAAAAACAAAGGUGCAAAACCAGCCAUGUCUUCUUUCCUAUCGCUGUGGUAAAGGAUGAGGAAGUGGUGGCACAGUAACUUGUAAAGCAUUACCAGUGGCCAAUCUUUAUAUUACUAAUAAUUUUAUGCUCAGGGAGGUGUUGCUGUUCUUAGGUUCACAUGGGUCUCAGGGGUUUCCUAACUAAUCUUAGUGUUUCUCAAGCAUCCUUUGUCUCCAGGAAAUUUCCUUUUUAAAUGUUUAAAAAUAAUUCUUUAUAAAUUUCAAAUCAGAUGAAAAAAUGUGUUUAUCAUAAUCAAGAAGUGGGUUGACAUGUAGAGAGCGGUCAUUUGCUCAUGGUUACUGUAACUACCCCUGCCUCAUCCUAGUAAACACUGUGUUGUUACAAGUAGUGGUGCAUCAGUAUAAAUGGAAUGGUGA